AUGCAACGCUGGUCUCCAUACGUCUGGUUUCUGGUUUUCCUAUGUCUGAAUGACAACACCUGGUCUUCAGUUAGCACUUUCCGUGCUCCAAAUCCGCGAGCUGGAACGAUACGUGUCACUCUGCAUGUCUUAUCGAGAGUGAGGUUCAAACCUUUGAGGAUCAGGGGAGGAAAUGUGAAGGAAGAAAGCCAACAGGUCAAGUGCACAGCAUGCGGCAAUCUCGCUGUGAAGAGGACUGUGAACAAAGCUGGUCCAAACAAAGGAAGGCAGUUCUUCACCUGCACGUCAAGUCAACCGACUUGUCGGAAAUUCUUCAAAUGGGAUGAUGGAAAUGUGGGAGGGGCAGAUGAGAGAACGCAAGGUGGCGCGCAGUCCGGCAGCUUGAACGGAUCUCCGUUCUCUCGUGUUGGAGUGUCACCACCAACUAUCGUUCAGAGAGUUGCACAACAAGACGGUUCUGUUAUUCUACGUAAUGCAAGCACGGGGACCUUCUUGGCAAGGUCUCCACAUGGAGUUAUGAUGAACAUGACUGAAGAUGCUAUGCGAAAUAGAAGAUUGGAGGAGGAUAGCAGGCAUGACUGGCCAAGGACAGAGCAAACGCCUCUGCUUUCUCCACGCCAUGCUACCACUCUUUCGGGAACACCUUUCCGCCCGAGACACUAUGGUGGUGAUCAAAACAGAUUACAAGACCCGCAGACCCCUAGAAUAGAUUUCUCUAACCUGUUUUCUUCACUUAGAGAAGACUCGAUCGAGUCACCCCAUGGCAAAAGGCAUUCGCCAGGAUUUGGUGCUGCCCAUGAGAACCCUUCGCCCGGUGGCUUUGGAUUAGCCAGCAUGUCCUUGCCGGGUCGUUUGCCCGCAGGUGCUACGGGGUUUCGAUCAGCUUCUGGAUUCAAACCCCCAAGGCCUGCAAACCUUCAAAAUCAGGAAAAUUUUGGUCAAGAAUGCCCUGGGGCAUUUCGCACGUUUGCUGUUGGAGUUGGAGAAGCAAGUUUGCGACCUCUCGAGAAAAGAAGAGGCCCGAUCUUGUUGGGAAAUGGAAGCUCAGGAGAGUUUUCGUCUGUGGAAUUCUAUCGCUCGUCAUCUGGUCCUGCACAGAGUAACCUUCAUGUCAUAAAUGCUCAAUGGCAGUUCCAUGGAUGCAACAUUUUAUGCCAGGGAGGGAUUGCACUGAUGUGCGUGAAGGCUGCAGAGGUUGCCUUAGAUCGAUGCAAAAUCGGUGGAAUAUCGGGUGAGGACCCAGCCAGCUGGUCUUCGGAUGGGUUGGUAGCCAUGGCCGAUACCACUUGCUCCCUGGAGGAAUGUGUCGUAGAAAACAACGGCAACGUUGGCGUGCUAUCUCAUGUAGGUUCUUCAGAAGUGACGGUUUUGAAUUGUACCAUGAGGAACAACUUCAUUGCAACUGGUGUCGAUGAUUCCUCCUCGUUGACUAUCCAAUUUUGUCAUCUCUAUGGCAAUCAACACGGCGCAGUUUUUAUCGGAGGGUCUGCGCAACUUGCGCGAUCUGAACUUUUCUGCAAGGUUGAGGUAACGAAUAGCAGCAUCGACGGGUUUGUUUGGUUGGGUCGAAAGGAAAUAUUGUGCAAAGUCGUCUUCGAAGGCAACACUUGUUCAAACCAGACGGAUCUUGCGUCGGAGGCAUCCGAACUCAGUAGAAUGUCUCCUGGAAGCUACACCUGGAGAUCGGUCGAGGAGGCUGCUUCCAACAAACCCACAUCUGUGUCCCCCAGUGUUCGUCUCUGCAGCCUACAGAAUGCGGAGGAGAGCGUGGAGGAAGCGAUCUCGCACCGCGAGGCCCUGGAUGCCGUUCGCUGCAUUCUGUAA